AUGGAAUUUCUAUCUACAAAAAAUAAAUUUAUCCCCAACUAUAAAUGUAAUGACCAGACCAACACGGUAGCUAUCAUUGGAGGACCCCGUUCUAGGACCUGUCUGAACAUGGCAACCAGUCUGUGCAACUACAAAUUUCCUCAGAUCACAUAUGGAUCAGCUCCAUUGAUGAAUGAUGAAAUAGCAGCACUCUUUGUCAAAUGGAUGUUUCCAGUUGAGAUGCAUCAGUUUAAAGGAAUACUAUACUUACUGUUGCAUUUUGGAUGGACCUGGGUUGGAAAAGUUUGCUUUGUUGAGGAAGAUAAAGAGAGAUUCAUUCAGAAUAGUCUUUCCAUGUUUACAGAGAAAGGAAUCUGCUUUGACUUUAUAGAAAGUAUCCCUCAAAUAAUGUAUGGUAAUGAAGUAGGUGAGAUGGUGGAUGAGGCAGAUAAAUUAUACAAAGUCAUUAUGAGGAGUACAGUCAUUGCAGUGAUCCUGAAUGCUGAAAUUACAGGCCUGGUGGCUUUGAGAUUAAUGAUCUACGCAUUAGAUUCUGACGCUAUUCCAAAGCAGAGAAGUACCAAAAUCUGGAUCAUGACAGCCCAGAUGGAAUUCACUUCCCUUCUUGUGCAAAGAGAAUUGCCCAUUGAUUUUCUCCAUGGUGCUCUUUCAUUUGCAAUUCGGUCAAAAGAGCUGACAGGAUUCCAAGAAUUUAUACAGAAGAGAAAUCCAAACUUAGAAAAUGAAGACGGCUUUAUUAGAGACUUUUGGAAAGAUGCAUUUGAAUGUUCGUUCUCUAGUGACAUUAGGGAUGGGAAUUCUGAAAGGACUUGUACUGGGAAAGAGAAGGUGGAGACUCUUUCUCAAUCUAUAUUUGAAAUGAGCAUGACUGGCCAUAGCUACAGCAUCUACAAUGCAGUCUAUGCUGUGGCACAUGCUCUAAGGCAAUUGUAUUCAUCUAAAAUCAAGUAUGGCCAAAGAGUUGAUAAGAGGAAAUGGAAGCUCUUCUUUCAGUCACAGUGUUACCAAGUAAUUUGC